AUGGGUACCUGGGCAAUGAUGAUGCCCUCUCUUGCGUGGCGGCUGCUGGGUUGCUGUUUCCUCUGCAGCUGGGCUCUGAGGGAUCCGAGGCCCCUCCGUUCUCUUCCUCCACUACCCUCCCAAGCCAAGCCAAGAUCUAUGCCCAUGUGGGUGGCCUCACAGGGGGCUGAGGCAGCCCUGGCUUUUCUUUACUCCGGAGAUGCCCAACAGCUAUUGGGGGCUAAUUGCAGUGAGCGCUAUGAAGCUCUUGGAGCAGAAGCCAGACCAGGGCUCCCCCAAGUUCUACAGAGGGCAGCAGGUACUCUUACCCAGGCUGCCAAUUUUCUCAACAUGCUGCUACAAGCCAAUGACAUCCGCGAGUCCAGUGUGGAGGAGGAUGUGGAGUGGUACCAGGCACUGGUCCGCAGCGUGGCGGAGGGGGACCCAAGGGCCUACCGGGCUUUGCUGAUCUUUAACCCUCCACCAGGAGCCAGCCAUCUACAGCUGGCCCUCCAGGCCACUAGGAUCGGGGAGGAGACCAUCCUUCAAGACUUGUCUGGGAACAGGAUGCAGGAAGAGAGCUCAGCUGAGGAACCAGACAGCCUUCCCCUGCAGAAACGGGUGCUGACCAAUGACCUAAGAAGCCUCAAUAGCCCCAAGUGGCCACAGGGGGAUGGGUAUGUGGGGGACAUACAGCAGGUGAGACUGUCUUCUCCCUUCCUGGAAUGCCAGGAGGGCCAGCUCCGUCCUGGCUGGCUGAUUACACUCUCGGCCACCUUCUAUGGACUCAAGCCAGACCUCAGUCCAGAGGUCAGGGGGCAGGUGCAGAUGGACAUAGAUCUCCAGGGCGUGGACAUCAAUCAGUGUGCAAGUGGCCCAGGCUGGUACUCUAAUACACACCUGUGUGAUCUCAACAGCACCCAGUGUGUCCCCCUGGAGAAUCAGGGCUUUGUUCUUGGCCGCUACCUCUGUCACUGCCGACCUGGAUUCUAUGGAGCAAGUGGCUUUGGGGGGUUAGAGGAAAGUGCCACACAGACUACCAGCCAAUUUGGGUCUCCACAAGGCAGCUUGGGGAGGCUGCUGAGGUGUCAGCCAUGUUCCGAGGGCUGCACCAGCUGCAUAGAUGCCACACCAUGCCUGGCAGAGGAGGCCCCAGCCCUGCGGGCAGCAGUACUGGCCUUCCAGACCUGCUGCAUGCUGGCCGUCUUCCUGAGCAUGCUGGUCUCCUACCACUGCCGCUGGAGCAAGAGAAUCCGGGCAUCUGGAGUUGUCCUGUUGGAAAUCAUCCUCUUUGGAUCCCUGCUUCUCUACUUUCCUGUCUUCAUCCUAUACUUCAAGCCCAGCGUGUUCCGCUGCAUUGCUCUUCGCUGGGUUCGGCUGCUGGGUUUUGCCAUCGUCUAUGGGACCAUUAUACUCAAGCUUUAUAGAGUGCUCCAGCUGUUCCUGUCUCGCACAGCCCAGCGGGGCCCACACCUGAGCAGUGGGCACCUCCUGCAGCGCUUGGGGCUGCUCUUGCUGCUCGUGCUGGGUUUUCUGGCCAUGUGGACAGUCGGCGUCCUGGAGCGAAGCAUCCAGCACACACCUUUGGUGACUCGAGGUCACACUCUCACUGGCCGCCACUUCUACCUCUGUCACCACGACCGCUGGGACUACAUUAUGGUUGUGGCUGAGAUGCUGCUGCUAUGCUGGGGCAGUUUCCUCUGCUACGCCACCAGGGCUGUGCCCUCGGCCUUCCAUGAGCCACGCUACAUGGGCAUUGCCCUGCACAACGAGCUGCUGCUUUCGGCUGCGUUCCACAUGGUCAGGUUUGUGCUGGUUCCGUCCCUGCACCCAGACUGGACUCUUCUCCUCUUCUUCUUCCACACCCACAGCACAGUCACUGCCACACUGGCUCUGAUCUUCAUCCCCAAGUUCCGGAAGUCAGGGGCUCCUCCCCGGGAGGAGAUCUUGGAUGAGGUAUAUGAAGAUGAGCUGGACCUGCAGCGCUCAGGCUCCUACCUCGACAGCAGUAUCGCCUCAGCCUGGAGUGAGCGCAGCCUGGACCCUGGAGACAUUAGGAAGGAGCUGAAGAAGCUCUAUGCCCAGCUAGAGGUCCACAAGACCAAGGAAAUGGCUGCUAAUAACCCCCACCUGCCCAAGAAGCGUGGCAGCUCCCGCCAGGGGUUGGGCCGCUCCUUCGUGAGGUACCUGGCUGAGUUCCCUGAGGCCCUGACCAGGCAACACUCCCAGGAUUCAGGCUCCCUGGGCCAUGGCAGCCUGCCUGGCUCCUCCCACCAUCAGCUCUGCGGUUCUAGCCUGCAGGAAGCAGAAGGGCCACCAGCCCUGCCCAAGUCCUGCAGCACCUAUGACCACCAAAGGGAGCAGGACCCACCUCUCCUUGACUCCCUGCUGAGGAGGAACCUAUCCAAGAAGGCCCCUCGGGUGGAGAGCAGGGAGUUGAUGGAAGGGCCCUCUGCCCUGGGCUACAGGUCAGCCAGUGCCCAUAACCUGAUGGUUGGAGAGAGGGUCCCCAGGACGCGGCCCACUUCCCUGCAGAAGUCCCUCAGUGUUGUAGCUGGCUCUAGGGAAAAGGCCCUGCUUGUGGCCAGCCAAGCCUAUUUGGAAGAGACCUACCUGCAGGCAAAGGAAAGAGAGGAGCAAAAGAAGGCCGAGGCAGCCAUGAUGAGCCCAGCGCAGAGACCAUCAGCAAGGAGGCUGGAGCCGGCUCGAAGGGCCCCCCUGUCAGCUCCACCCUCCCCUGCCAAGAGCAGCAGCGUGGGCAGCUCUCACAUCUCUGGGAGGCUUCAUGAAGAGGCUGGUAGGAAGCUGCCUCACCCACCCAUCAGGCACCAGGUCUCCACACCCAUCCUGGCCCUGUCUGGGGCCUGCCUGGGAGAGCCAAGAACGCUGUCUCCCAACUCCACUCUGACUCCAGCUCUGAUGCCACCUCUGGCCCCAACCCCUACCCCUGCCCUGGCACCAGUGCCAGUAUCCCCACAAAGCCCCAGCGUAUUCACCUACAUCUGCCCCUGGGAGAAUGAAGAAUUGCCAGUCAAGAAAGAAAAUGCUGCCCAGGAAGCUCCCUCAGAACCUGAGCGAGGCAGCCACUCCCCCGCCCUAGCCACAGCCAGGCUCUGGAGGGCUCUCUCUGUUGCAAUAGAGAAAAGGGGAGCUGGGGAACCUGAGAUGAACACAGAGGAAGGGUGUCUCCAGGGGGAAGCUGAUGAUGUGGGUGGGGACAGGCCCAAGAUCUCUAAAGCCCACAGCCUCAGGACCCCUGUGCAACAGGCCUCCAUGCGCAGCCUAGGCCUGGCUAUCAAAGUGCUGACCCGUUCUCGGAGCACUUACAGGGAGAAGGAGAAUGGGGAGGAAAGUCCAGAAAGGGAUAAGGACAAGGCUCCAGUGGAGGGUGCAGGGGCUUUCCCCCGGUCUCCUAGGCUGGGGCAGCCCAAGGCAGUGAAUAAGCAGGCUGCCCUGGCCCCCUGCAAUGAUGAAGAGUCCCUCCAAAACCAACAGAAUGCCCACACCAGCAGAAUGCUCCAAGUCCAGCAACAGGAAGGCAGCAGAGAACAAGAGGACAGAGGCAGAAGGACAUCCCAGGGUCUAGGGGAGCAGAAAGUUGAGAGAACGGGUGAAAUAGGGCUUGCCAUACUUAGGCAAGUUUCCAAGGACAAAAAUGCUGAACAGGCAAAGGCAGCCCCUGUAGGGCGGCUGGAACGGCCUAAAGCUGGCCUCCACCCCCUGGACAGUGCUGACUUCACAGUGCCGGAGGUAUGUCCCUGGGAAGUCACUGAGUCACCAACAUGUCAGCUAGACAGUAACAACAAGGUGGAAAUCUGCCCCUGGGAGGUGAGUGAAGGAGCCCCUGAGAGGGAGGCAGUAAUGCAAGAGCUUGAGGACGCCCAUGAAGAGAGGGGCAAAGUCCCAGAAAAAUCAGAGUCCAAAAGAGUGACUGUCUUCGCGCGGAAAAAGCCAGAGAGGCUGGUGAGGGGCCAGGAGGCAGUGUGUCCUUGGGAGAGUGCCAAUCCUGGAGGUCUGUCCCCUCAGUCAGUCCCUCAGGACUCUGACAGAACCAGGGGCAGGUCUGAGGCAGUGGGCAGUGUGGAGGCAAGGAAGGCAGAGAAGGACCCCAAGGAAGACAUGGACCCAGAGGCUUGUUCACCUGACACUGCCAAGGAAGACCUGUGCUCCCAGAAAGAAAGUGAAAGGGAGGGGAAAAUGGCCCAGGAGGUGAUGGCGCUCCCCCAGGAAAGGCAAAAAGCUCCCAAGAAAGCAGCCUUCUGGAGAGAACAGAAACUGGGUGGAGAUCUGCAGUCUUUUUGUCCGUGGGAGAGUACAGACUUCCGGGGUCCCUUGGCAGUCUCACUUCAGGUCCCAGAAAGUCUGGGCAAUGGUAUUGCAGAAGUGUGUCCAUGGGAGGCAGGAGAUUCACCUGCUAUCAAGAAGUCAGAGAUCUGUCCCUGGGAGCUAGGUGAUGCGCUCCCAGGGAAGGAAGCACCAAGUCAGGAGGCAGGAGGAGAAUCUCUCCAGGAAAAGAAGAAAGCCCCCGGAAAGGGGAGCUCAGGAGAGAUGGGGGAACAAACUGUGAAGGCUAUGCCGGCAGUAAGUCCAUGGCAGGAAUCAGUGUGUCCCUGGGAGGGCAUAGCCCCUGUACAGUCUAGCCCAUGUCCAGACAUCUCCUCAUCCAAAGCUGGUGACCAACUCUUAAGCAAUGGGAACAGCAGAACAAUGCAGUUGGGUCCAUGGGAAGCUCUUAAGCCAGAGAAAAAGGGAACAACUCCUGCCACAGCAGAAAUCUGUCCCUGGGAGGUAAAUGAAACACAAGACUGGACAUUGGGACAGGUACCAAAAAAAGGAGAAUCUCAAAAGCACAAGGGGAAAAUGCUUGAAAAAGCAGGAAUCCCCCAAGAGGUCACAGCAUGGGAAAAGCUGGAGGCAGUCUGCCCCUGGGAGAGCAUGGACCCUGGUAGCUUCCCCCUACAACCAGGUGCUCAAGGCACAGAGAGACCCCAAACUAUUUUCCAGAGGUCAGGCAGUGUAAGAAGCAAAGCUGCUGAGAUCUGCCCAUGGGACAUGGAAGAGACUCUGGCAGCAGAGAAGACAAAGAUCUGUCCCUGGGAAGUAGGUGCUGGAGCAGGAAAGGGAAGGGCUUUGGAAGUUGAGGCCAUUAGGAAAUCACCAAAAGAUAUAGGAAAAAUGUCUGCAGAUUCUGUACCCAAGGAGAGAACAGUUACUGAUUCAAAGAAGCCACAGAGUCCAGGCCUGGAGGUUGCCUGUCCAUGGGAGAGCUCGAGUCCAGGAGGCUCCUGUCAGAAUUCAGACACUCUGGACACUGAUGGACCAAAAGUUCGACUCCAGGAACUGGACGGUGUGGGCUGCAGGCCAGCUGAGGUAUGUCCCUGGGAAGUAGAAGAAGCCCUCACUCAUGCAAAAGCCAACAUCUGUCCCUGGGAGGUGAGUGAAGGAGCUACUGGAAAGGGACUGAAGCAAGAGACGGGGAAUGAAUCAGCAGGGAAGAGGGAGAAAACUCUAGAAAAGGAGAGACUCACUUUCCCUAGAGAAGGCAUAGCAAAAUGGGAGGCAAAACACCAUCAAGAACAGGAAGUUAUUUGUCCUUGGGAAGAAAAAGACUUGAGGGAACCAUCUGCUCAGACCUCCAAGGUCUCAGACUUGUCCAGCAACACUAGUAGUCAGGUGGCAGAGGGAUAUUCCUUGGAAGUGAGUGAUGAAGCAACACAGAAAGGGGACCUGAGACAAGACCCAAGGACAGACUCCCUCCCAGAACACAUGACUCAUGAAAAAGCUCAAGCUUCAAAAGCAGAAUUCAUUACUGAAGGUGGAAGAACAAGCAACCAACUAUCAUCCAUCUGCCCAUGGGAGAGCAUGGUGCCAGCAGGCUCUUUCUUGCAGCAAGACCGUCAGCACCCUGACCAACCUACAGCCAGCUCCCAGAGUCUGCUCAGUGCUGGGAGCAAGGUCGCUGAGGUAUGUCCAUGGGAUGCUCCUGAUCCAGAUGUGUAUAAACCUGACAGCAGCUCCAAGGCCGAGAUCUGUCCCUGGGAGGUAACUGAGAAAAUCCCUGAGAAAGGGUCAUGGAGACAGGAUAGAAAGAGGGAAUCUCAAGAGGAGGGAAGAGCCCCAGAAAAACUAGAGCCCAAAGGUGUGACAGUCCAGAAAACAUCAGAGAUAGCUGACUUUGAGAAGCAGGAGGCUGGGGAGAGCCAAGAUUUGGGGGGUUUGUCUUUACAAUCAGACCCACAUGCUUGUGACAGAAGCAAAGGCAAUUCUGAGACAGCAGGCAGAGUGGGGGCCAGGGUGGCAGAAGUGUGUCCGUGGGAAGUGGAAGAGACUCCCUCUGCCAAGAAAGCAGAGAUCUGCCCUUGGGAGGUGGGUAAAAAAGCAGCAGGGAAAGGGGAACUAGAGCAGGGGAUGAGCAGAGAACCACAAGGGCAAGGAGAGGUGUUCCUUGCAAAGGCAGAAUCUGGAGGGACUGAAGGACAUUUUUCAAAAACAGCAGCAAAACCUGGCAAAGAACAGCUGACAGUCUGCCCUGAGAAAGGCACAGGAUCAGGAGGGUUCUUCCCACAGCAAGAUGCUCUAGACACCAACCAACCCACAGUCAGUCCCCACAGAGCAAGCAGCAUGGGGAGUAGGAUAGCAGAACUGUGUCAAUGGGAAGUAACAGAUCCGGAAGGAAACAAAAUAAAGGGCAUCAUGGCAGACAUCUGUCCUUGGGAGGAAACUGGAGCCCUGUUGGAGGAAUCUGGCCUCCUGGCUUUAACAGCAACUCAGACAGAAAAUUUCCCCACAGCUCCUGAAAAAUCAUCAUGCCUUUUAGUUCAUAGACCUCUGGAAAGGUUCCUUUCAGAGAGCAAGAGCUCCCACCCCAAGGUGAGCAAGCCAGUCAGUACUCUUACUCUAGGAGGUAUCAGAGAACCACAGGGACCUUCAGGACUUGGGCCAAAGACCUGCUUAGGCACAGAAUCAAGUCUCCAAGAAGGUGAGGCUCAAAGGUCUUCUUCCUUAAUGGAAGACCAUAGACAAGUAGCUUCUGAAGCUCAAGAUGAAGAACUCACCCCUCUUGUCUAUCCUUGGGACUUGGAAUAA